AUCACCAGCGGUAGGCAGCAAUGCGGCAACACUGCCUAGUCUGCCGGGAAUGGACAGAAGAAGAAGAACACUGCCGGAAUUCUACAAGAAGAAGAAGACAACUACCGUUCAUGUGUCACCGACCUAAACACCGGAGCAGCCAGCCGAGAGGAGCCGUUAGCCGGAUCCAAACAACGGCAGAACCCCCCCCCGAGGAGUAUUAGUCUGCUGCUCAGACAUGGACCGACACCGGAAACAGCUGGAGGAGGUUUUAAAACCGGAGACGAAGCUGCGAGGAGAAGCUUUACCUUCAGAUGUCCAGAAAGUGAUUGUUGGUGAAGAACAUCAGCAGGAGUGGAGCGCCAGUCUGGACCAGGAGGACACAAAGCCCCCACACAUUAAAGAGGAACAGGAGGAACUCCGGAUCAGUCAGGAUGAAGAGCAGCUUCAAAGGCCGGAGGAGGCUGAUACCAUCAAGUUCCCAUUCACUCCUGUCCCUGUGAAGAGUGAAGAUGAUGAAGAUAAAAAUCUGUUCUCACAGCGUAAUCAAAGACAAACUGAACAGAUGGAAACCGAAGCUGGUGGAGAGGACUGUGGAGGACCAGAACCAGCCACGAACUCCGAUCCAGAUACACAUUCACAACCAGAUACUGAUGACGAGCCUGGACACUCUCCUGAACCUGAUACCAGUGCUGAUUGGAAAGAGACCCUUGUCAGUGAUUCAAGAUGUACUACUGGUGAGAAAGAGCAUGAGAAAAGAUUGGGCGCCAGUGGACAUGGAAAGAGGCCAUUUAGCUGCUCAGUCUGUAAGAAAGCUUUUAAACAGAGUGGACAUUUACAGAAACACAUGAGAACCCACACAGGAGACAAGCCAUUUAGCUGCUCAGUCUGUGAGAAAGCUUUUACACUGAGCGAAUAUUUACAGGCACACAUGAGAAUCCACACAGGAGAAAAGCAGUUUAGCUGCUCGGUCUGUAACAAAGCUUUUACAGUGAGUGGAAAUUUACGGGCCCACAUGAGAAUCCACACAGGCGAGAAACCGUUUAGCUGUGCAUUCUGUGAGAAGGCUUUCACAGAGAGUGGGCACUUACAGGCACACAUGAGAAUCCACACCGGAGAGAAACCAUUUAGCUGCUCCGUCUGUCAGAAAUCUUUUAGAGUGAGUGGGAGUUUACGGAUACACAUGAGGGUCCACACAGGAGAGAGACCAUUUAGCUGCUCCAUCUGUAUGAAAUCUUUUACAGUCAGUGGAAGCUUACAGAAACACAUGAGAACCCACACAGGAGAGAGACCAUUCAGUUGCUCACUCUGUAAGAAAGCUUUCACAGAGAGAGGACAUUUACAGCAACACAUGAGAACCCACAUAAGAGAUACCAUUUAGCGGUGUGAAGUGGAGCUCUAGUCCGGAAGGAGAGCAUAGAACAUCAGUCAGGUUUAAACACCAAAAAUGAAUGAAAUUUCUUAAGGUUAUAUGACAUGUAACACUCUGUGGGUUCUUUUAAAAAGUCUAAAAUCCGAUAAUUAGAAUUGUAUGCUUUAAAAUGUCUUAAGUAUGAUUUUGAUAGGUCUAAAGAAAAAUGUAUCUGACUAUGAAGUUAAUGUAACGGUUGAUCUCCAUGGAAUGCCAAAGAUUACCUUAUUCAUUUUUGCAACUAACAGCCAAUCCAUGCAACCCCAGCCCUCUCCAAAAUGGCAGUCCUAACUCAGUCUCCCUUAAGUGUGAAGUGCUGUGACAACACCAUCCCUAUAAAAGCAACAACUGCUCUGGAUUUUCUACUGCACAAGAUCAACGGGAAUAGUUCAAAUGACUCUGUACGCAAUUGGAUAGUCCUUCGACCAAUCGGACCAAUGAUCCGGGUGACGUUAGCGGCGGCCGCGGCGUCAACGGGCGGCUGCACUUCGGUGCCCGCCGUGUUGAAUGUGAACAAAAAAGCUGCUUGGUCGCUUCUCCGUCAUCGUGGUAAACCCGCCAAUAAUACCGCGCCAGGUGGAUAAGCCAGUUUGUGAUUGGUCCCCGCAGAUUUGUAACAGAAGCAGGAUAGAUAAAAUCAAAUCACCGGCGGAUCGGGCUGGAUUUACCCAGUCUACUAUUCUCCCAGCCUGGCUUCCCCACAAUGAUGGAACUGCCAGCGGAUUUAUUUCAGUGCUAAUGUAACCAACUGGGCUCGCAGUAGCAUAGCAACAGCGGCUAAGCAAAGCUGUCAACGGUUUACCUUCUGUUAAUGUACAUGUAUUGAUUUGAUUUAAUGCCAUCCAGACCUUCUGUAUAUUGUUUGUUUUGUUUAAGUUAUUGGGUAGCCAAACUGCUAAGUUGAUGCUAGUUUAGGCUUCACACUGACCCUCUUGCACCUCCUCCCUCCUAACCUGGUACCUUAACUUACACAGAUUUGACUUUAAACAUCCAGACAUACACACUUUAAUAGUUAGCAAAAAUAACCCCACCUUGCAGCCUUUGAUUUGACAUUGAACACACCGUGAAAGAGACUCAGCUCUUCUUUUAAAUGUUCUCUGUCCAAAAAACUGUAUCGAGCAUCUCAUUAUCACCAGCCGUAUCCCCAUUCAUAUUCAGACGCAACAAAUGAUAUAGAUCCAGCUACAAAAUAGCCGGAAAAGUCAAACGUUAGAAGUACAAAGAGUUAGACAAAAGUACAAAGAGAGACAACUUAUCUUAUAGAGGAAUUAGAUUGUAGAGUAUGCUAUUACUUGAUCACACGUUUACAUGAGCAGACAGACAGCAUUUAAGUCCUUGCUUACAGAAGAACUCAUCAGGAGCAAAGUCUGGCCUAAGUAAAAAAAACCCACCCCCACCCCCCCCCAUGCAGCUUUGAUGCGUCUAAAAGCCAACAUUAUAGUCCUCCCCCCCUCCCCCCGUCUUAAAAGCCUAGUGACGUCCCUGUGUACAACUAAAACCACACGCACACAUCCUUUUCGUCCUUUAGCUUAGAUCUUUUAGUUGAGAUAGAUGUCAUGUUUUCUUGUUAAUUUUUUACUUUUUGCUUUUAUUCAUUUUGGGAAUAAAUGUUCUGGAAUAUACAUGUUGUCUAUGUAACUUUGAACAAACUGCAGUUUUGCCUAACAAGAACUCUGACAUCUUUCAACUUUUGCUGGUUAUUGCUAUGUCAACUUUGGUUGUAGUUAUUCAUUUAAUUAUUAAUUCCAACUUGAUAGUGUAGUAUAUUUUAUGAGACUUGGGUCACUUCAUUUACUUUUCUUGAUCUUUUCAAGUUAUUUGUGCACAGAAAAUGCGCGUUGCCUGUAUCUUUUCACGGCAAACACAACCGCUCAAAUGUACGGACGUAGUGUUUAAACUUCACGGAGACAACCAAAUUGUGUGUGUGUGUGUGUGUGUGUGUGUGUGUGUGUGUGUGUGUGUGUGUGUGUGUGUGUG